UUUCCUGCUUUGGAAAUACAUAGGAUAUUGAACCGGCCUUGCCUCCCGUUAACUAAGGUCAAUAUUGUGGUUAUCUCCUUCACGCCGACAAAGACGACAAGAAAAGUGCGGUAUCACUGGUCCUCGUCCCCGGCCGCCCCUUUGUUAUCACCGUCCACUACCCCGUCAACUAUCAAAUCAGUGAACGACUACACUGGGACAUACUAAGAAUAAAAAGGAUUUUCGUCUUGAACAAAGCAUCCGUUUACCAAACAACUUCGGCGUCUUGAUUGUUCUCGACCACAAUGCAUUGAUCAGGAGAAUACAUCAAUAGCGUUCUUUGCCGUCGAGGGUUCUGGAUCAUAGGGUGAAUCAUCUGUCCUCGACUAUAGAUUCUCCUUGUCCGCCCUUCCGUCCCUCGUUUCAGGCGAUUCUUCUUUUUUUCGACAAUUUUUAUUUUUCACUCACACCAUCUACUGGUAGGCAGCACGUUAACAUCAUGUCGUUCAUACGGCGCCGGAUCGCCGACGCACUUUGCGAGGCAGCCAACUGCACAGCAACUCUCGAACCUCGGGAGGCACCCACAGCAACAGGUGAUGCUGCGGCUACACCCUCAUCUACGAUAGCUCCGUUCUCCACCGCGCUAAAUGGAGUCGACCAGGACGGUAACAUGUUAUUUAGGGAUUCGUUGUGGUGGACUUUGGGAGGCAUGGCACUCAUCCUACUCACGAUUCGCCUUGUCACAAUAGGAUGGUCCCAGCUGCGACAUGUCUCUGCCAUGUCAGCUACGGGUGCUCAGCAGACUUACUGGAAGAAAUCGCAAUGGAGUUGGAUGCCGGCCUUCAAGAAGAACCUUCUCUACGCACCUUUAUGGAAGAAACGACACAACAGAGAGAUCAAGUUAUCUUCCGCAGUCACCAUUGGCACUCUGCCAUCUCGACUCCACUCCGUCAUUCUUGCCAUAUACAUCCUCAGCAAUGUCGGCUACAUGUUCUACGAAGACUGGUUUCAAGAGAACCGUUACGCCUUGGCAGCCCAGAUUCGAGGUCGUUCGGGCACAUUGUCACUCGUGAACAUGGUCCCUCUCCUAAUCUUGGCAGGACGAAAUAACCCCUUGAUUAGCUUAUUGCAUGUGAGUUUCGACACUUACAAUCUCAUCCACCGAUCGAUGGGUCGCACCGUCGUCAUCGAGGCCAUCAUCCAUACUAUCGCCUGGGCAUAUGUCGAAGUCGCCGCUAGUGGUUGGAGCGGAAUGGGUUAUAAGCUGGUUCGUAACGACUUUCUAGCUUCCGGCUUCGUCGGCACCAUCGCAUUGACGAUUCUUCUCAUCCUUGCCGUGUCACCACUUAGACACGCCUUCUACGAGACGUUCCUUAACUUCCACAUUGUUUUGGGCAUGAUCUCUCUUGUCAUGACAUACCUCCAUUGUCACUUUGCGGAACUUCCCGGUGGUCUGCCCCAGAAGUCGUGGGUGGUGGCAAUUUUCGCGAGUUGGGUAUUGGAACGUACGGCGCGAGUAUUUCGGUUGGGCUAUUAUAAUUGGUCCAAAAGACGUGGCUUUACCGAAGCUGAGGUGGAAGUCAUGCCCGGCGAUACCACUCGAGUCACCAUGCAUCUCCCUCGUUACAUGGACAUCAAGCCGGGAUCGCACGCUUAUCUCCGCUUCUCACAGAUCAAGAUUUGGGAAACCCAUCCGUUUUCUGUCGCCUGGGUCAAGCACCACCCGAACAUUGAUCGGGCAACUUUGGGCGAGAAGGCAAUAACCGAGGCUCAGUUGAAGAAAGGAACAACAUCUGUCUCAUUUGUCAUCGGAGCUCACACUGGUUUCACCCGAGCACUUUACAACCGAGCUCUUGGCAGUGGAUCGCCGUCUAUUCGUCUUAGAGCUGCGAUAGAGGGUCCUUACGCCGGGCACCAUUCGCUGAAUUCGUACGGCCAUGUUUUACUCUUCGCAGGCUCAACCGGAAUUACUCAUCAGAUUUCAUUCCUGAAGCCGUUGAUCGAGGGGUUUAACGAUGGGACAGUGGCGACACGACGAAUUACGCUUGUGUGGAUCAUGCGUGACACAGAAUCGUUGGAAUGGGUGCGACCUUGGAUGGAUGAGAUCCUGCGAAUUCCCCGACGACGAGAGGUCCUCGCAAUCCGAUUAUUCGUUACUAGACCUAAGAAUUCUAGAGAGAUCCACUCUGGCUCCAGUACCGUCCAAAUGUUUCCAGGCCGCCCUAAGAUUGCGACGCUGGUCAAGAAAGAAGUUGAGGAGCAGGUCGGCGCCAUGUGCGUCACAGUGUGUGGCCCCGGUGCUCUAGCAGACGACGUUCGGCAAGCGGUUCGCGAAGUACAGGAUGGAACUUCGGUAGUGGAUUUCAUCGAAGAGAGUUUCACGUGGUGAUUUUCGGGUUUCCUGGGUUGGAGGCAUUAUUCGUGCAUUUUCUUCAAAAGCCAGGAGUUAAAGGGUGUUAAGGCGGCGAUUUUGAUUUCAAAUGGUGACAUACCGAACUAACGACACCAUUCACAGGAUCCUAAAUCUUGAAUCUUCCGAGGUUGGGCUCUAGAAUCCUGGAGGAUAUGAUGUAAAUCCAUAAGCCGCACUAUCUAGGGAGCGGUACACAUACCUUUUCAUGUACAUAUGUUGCUUACAUAGCCAAAGCAAUCAAGGUAAAUGAUUAGCUGAAGGUAUCAAAUAAAUUGACUGUU